UCUCUCGGCGGCGGUUCUCCUCAGCCGCCCACGCCGCCGCCGCGGCUCCGUGUGGGCUCCGGGACGGGGUGUGUGGGCGAAGCGGGAGUGUGUCACCUACCCCCGGGGUGAACCGUGGGCCGGGGAGCCAGCGGGUACAGCCCGUACCUUCCCUGCGGGGCCGCCAGCCCGUCACAGGAGGUGCCGCUCCGUCCCAACAUGGCGGCCGCUGCCUCCUCCCGAUCUGGCGGCCCGGGCUCCGGCUGCCCGUCGGCUGUCGCGGCCGCCGCCGUAGGCCGGGACGGACGGGCCGUGGAGGUCACGGGGUGAAGAGCUGCUGGCAUGGUUCAGACUUAGCUGUGCCCGAGGUGUAGGUAGGUCAGUGUACCUCUACCAGCCACAAAUGUUGCUUUCAGAGCAGGAUACAGAAUUGCUUUAAAAAUGCCAUUGUUAAAUAAGAAAAAUAUUAGUUCCUUCUUUUGGGGAGGUGAAGGAUGGAAAGUGCUUAAGCACGAGGCUGAAGAGCAACUGUUUUAACCCUUCUCCAGGAGGUGGGGCAACAUGCCCCAGUCCAGCAGCACAGGUGGGAUUGAGAAGGGCUACGGCAGUUUUACCUCUUUUUAAUUUAUAUUGCCUUUUUUUUUUUUUUUCUUCCCCUCAGCCUCAGAGGCUGUUGUUAGUACCACCCAAAACCCACCAGGCUCCAGUGUCUCACGAGUGGCAGUCUUCACCCCACCAGCGAGGGGGGUGAAGGAGGCCUGACAGCUCGAGGGGCACUGCGGAACUGCUCCUCCCCAGCGAGUCUUUCAUCCACCUGGCAGUGCGCGGGGCUCACUGCCAACUCUCCGCAGGCAGCCCUGUAAUGACUGCCUGCACAGUACGUCGAACACCACCAGACAGGCACCGUGGACGUUCUUUUCAUCUUGCGUAUUUCACUACAUGAUACCUAAAUUGCAGGAGUACUUUUUUGUUUGAUCUUUUUUGUCUUAGAAAAAAAACCGCACCAAAAUUCUUUCACUUGCUUUCCUCUACUGUAUUUGUUUCAUAGGAAAAACUUACCUUAUUUGAUCAGAUCUUGGGUAUGCCUGGUUCAGGAUCUUGUCUUCUAUAAUACCCUGCCUCAGACACUCCAGAGAAAAGUCUUAAGUACCUUACACUAAGAAGAUGCGAUCGCUCUGUCCCUCUGCUGUUUCACCACAAGAACUUCAGUAACUUUUCUCUCCAACAGCCUCUUUUACUAACGGAUUUGAACUGUUAUUUUUUGUUAGCUGAUUCUGUUUUAUGAAGAUUCUUACAUUGCCUGUUGUUGCUGGAAAGUGCAGGAUGGCAUUAAACACAGCAGUGUUAAGGUCAGCCUAAGAGUGGACUAAAUAACUUGUCUAAGAGCUGUUAUAGGCAUCGUGUGCUCUUCUCUUUUGGCUGUCCUACUUUAAGAUACAUGCUUUAAUUUUCUGUUGCUGAUUCUACUUUGACUCACAGAGAUUAAAAUUGUGGUGGAUGACGUGGACAGUAUUUACAUGACUAUUUGCCCUCAUAGUGCUGUCCAGAAUUGAUAAAGGCUGGAGAGAGGACUUGGAUUUCUGGAAACCCUUUGACUUGUUUCCUUCACCAAAGGUUCUUCAAGAGAUUUGGUUGCCAUGGAAGAUUAUCAGAAAUCUUUAUUAAAUACAGAAUAAGUAAUAAAAGGUUUUUGCAGUAAAAUCCCACAGAGUUCUAUGCUAGGAUUUGUACUGUUGAACAUGCCCAUUUUAGUUUUUUAGUAUUUUUGCUCUUCUAUAAUUUCUAGUAGCUUUUGUUAAUUUUUCUUUUACCCCUCUUCAUUUGCUUACCGUUUCUCCUUUCUAUAGUUUUAUGUCCUUUCCCUUCUCAGGAAGUAUCACAUCCUAGCGCCUGUCACUUCCUACCAACUUUUACCCAGUUUCCUAUGACCCAUUUCACAGAAACAUAUAAUUCUGCAUUUCCCCUUCUUGAUUUCAUAUGCUUUUUCUCUGCAGAUUCAACCUCUCACAUGCUUGCUUUAUACAGUUUCUACAGGCAAUUCCUUUUUUCCUAGGUUUAUGCUACGUAAGCCAGGGAGCAGCAAAAGCCAGCCGCCUUCCAGGGAACAUGGAGCCAAGAGCAGGAACGCAGCCAGCAGGGCAGGGGCUUCACCAGCCCGGGCCCCAUCCAUCCCACAGUACCCGAGAAUCACUCCAAAUUUGGCAACCUAGUAAUCCCAGUGACUUCAGCUGCCCCAUCUGUCUCCAGACGGCUACUUUCCAAGUACAAACCAACUGUGGACAUGUAUACUGUGGUUCCUGUCUGAUCACGUACUGGAAACAUAGUCCCUGGUUAGCAGCAAUAACCUGCCCUCUCUGCAGACAAAAGGUGGUUCUUCUGGAUAACAUCUCUUGUGAAAAGCAACAAGAUAAGCCAAGUAAACAAAUUGUACAUGACAUUAGAGAUUACAACAAGCGUUUCUCGGGGCAACCUCGACCCUUUGCAGAUUACCUUUACGACAUGCUGUUAUUCCUGACUCUUGCCUUGCGAGGAAUCUUCACCUGGGGUGGUCUUGUAUGGAUUUUUUUCCUAAGAGUUGCUGUUUGCUCCUUCGGAACAAUCAUAUGCUUGUCUUCUCCAUUUGACAUGAAGCCUGGGCCUCUCUGUAGGACACUUGGAACAGCUGAUGACAUGGUGGCUGUUUCCCUUCUUCUAAUUUGCAUGAUAAAUACUUGUCAGCAAAUUGCAUCUAAUGGGGUAAAUAUGGCAAGGUCUGCAGCUCAGAGCAUGCUGUCAGAGUCCUGACUGACUCAAACUUGGAUUCCUUGGUCAAACUUCAUCAAGCGAUGACAGGCCUCUCUUUGAUUUGGGGCAGCGUAUGAUGGAUUUGUCAUUCUGCUGCUGACAAAGGCUGAAGCAGGACUCAGCAAUGCUUGGCACGGCCAAGUGAUUCGAUGUGCCGGUGCUUAGAAGGCUAGUUUUACACUGUAUACUUGCUAGACUCUUUCAUGCUGCAUUUUUCUGUAACUUAUCUUCAUACAAAGUGCCUGAAUUGAAAAUGCCUAAAGCUAUGAACAGAGCUUAAAAUUACAAUGCCAAUCAACUUGCAGUUGAAGAGUUUUAGAACUCCUGAGCUUUAACAUUUUACAUCUUGGCUCAAUUUGAAUAAAAUCUUAAUUUGAGAACUUUUAGCAAACUGUACAAUUUGCUAAGUCUUGUAUAACACAAGGAAUGUUAGAUAGUAUCACUACAAAAUCUUUUAUCAGUGCUUUGUGUUAUCACAGCUGAUUACACAUCCACUGGAAUACAGAUUUUUUUUACAGCUCUGCAAUGAGUACAGUGCUGAUUUUAAAGUGGAUAAUAUGAAACUGGUAGUAACACUGGCUUGGAACAAAAAUGCAACUGUAAAGUAGAAGUAUUACAAGGGGAGAAAAGCAUUAAAAAAUCAUGCAAGAAAUGUGAACAAAUAUCUGUGUAACUCCUUUGUACAUGCCUAUGCAAGGUACAUAGCUUUCUUGAACUCUGUGCAUCUAAGCUUUAACAAAGUCAGCAUGACUGUUUGUUUCCUUUCUAGACUUCAUACACUCCUUGUGAUUUCCUUGUAAGUCUCGGUACCAGUUCAGCCAGGAGAGCAAGGCCAAUUUUAUGGUGACGAUAUAAAUAGCAGGAAGUUUAUGGAAAGUUUGCUGAAGCUGGGGGGGGGGGGGGGUGCAUGUCUGUUUGUGUUGAGCUGCAAAGAGUUAAAAAUGAUGGUACAGUGCCAGACAACCCUACAGAUCUGUCCCUCUAUAAUCUGUAUAUUUGCUAUGUAUUUGGAGUCAAUGGACUUCAUUUUUACAUAUGAACUGUAUAUUAAAAUAGAUAUAUUAAAAUUUAUGAAUAUUUAUUGCUCACAA